CAUUUUCUGUCUAUUCUCUGCGCAGCGCCACUGUCCAAACCUACCAUUGUCACCUCCAACAUUACUGCAGUGGAGACCAAGGACUUCUCAUUGACAUGCCAGGCUACAGGUCAAAUUCACACUUACCAGUGGUUCAUAAACAGAGUUGCCCCAGCUGGUAGCAUGAUACAGCUGUCGCCAGAUAAGAGGACACUCACUCUCAGCAGGCUCACAAGAAGAGAUAACAAAGGGCCAUAUGAGUGUGAAAUCCGGAAUCCAUUUUAUAGCAAUAGGAGUGAUCCAUUUACACUGGAUGUUGCCUAUGGCCCAGAUAUUGCCACAAUUGACCAUAUAAGCGAUCAGUUCGCAACGGGGAUAAAUGUUACCUUGAGCUGUGUUGCUGAUUCUAACCCACCAGCACAAUUCACUUGGUUACAGAAUGGAAAAUCUGUCAACAACUCAGCCUCAUUUUCUAUUAUUACAUCCCUGAAUCAUAUCGGAAACUAUACCUGUAUUGCAACUAACUCAUUUACUGGCUUGACGCGCACUGCAAACAAGACUCUUAUGAUCUAUGGUGAGUAGCUUGAUUGGGCCCCCAACUUUGUGUUGGGCUCUCUCUUUCCCUG